CCUGCGGAGGCUGAAAGGAAAGUGAGCCGAGUCUCCAGGUGAUGGAGAACCAAAUUUCGCCCAAGGCCGAGGUGGCCGAGCUGGAGCUUGAGGCCGUGAUCGGAUUCAAUGGACAUGUGCCCACUGGUCUAAAAUGCCAUCCAGACCAGGAGCAUCUGAUUUAUCCUCUGGGUUGCACCAUCCUCAUUCAAGCAAUCAAUACUCAAGAACAGAAUUUCCUACACGGCCAUGGCAACAAUGUGUCCUGUGUGACCAUCUCCAGGAGCGGAGCUUACAUUGCUUCUGGACAAGUCACUUUCAUGGGCUUCAGGGCAGAUAUCAUUUUGUGGGAUUAUAAGAAAAGGGAGCUGAUUGCUCGGCUGUCACUUCACAAGGGCAAAAUUGAAGCUCUGGCCUUUUCACCAAAUGAUUUGUACUUGGUAUCUCUAGGAGGCCCAGAUGAUGGAAGCGUGGUGGUGUGGAGCAUAGCCAAGAGAGAUGCCGUCUGUGGUAGUCCUGCGGCCGGCCUUAGCGUCGGGAACGCCACCACCGUCAUCUUCUCCAAGUGCUGCGAUGAGAUGUUUGUGACUGCUGGAAAUGGGACAAUUCGAGUGUGGGAACUGGAUCUCCCAAAUAGAAAGAUCUGGCCCACCGAGUGCCAAACAGGACAGACGAAAAGAAUAGUCUUGAGUGUUGCAAUGGCCAAUGACGAUAGCUUCUUCUACCUUGGCACCACCACUGGAGAUAUUCUAAAGAUGAACCCCAGGACUAAACUGUUGGCAGACACUGGGCCUGUGAAGGACAAAUUCAGUCUGGGAGUGUCAGCCAUCAAGUGCCUGAAGAUGGGGGAGUUACUGGUGGGCUCUGGAGCCGGAUUGCUGGUCUUCUGUAAAAGCCCCAGCUACAAAGCCAUCAAGAAAAUCCAGUUACAAGGUGGCAUCACUUCCAUCACACUUCGAGGGGAAGGACACCAGUUCUUUGUAGGAACAGAAGAAUCACACAUUUAUCGUGUCAAUUUCACAGAUUUCAAAGAGACUCUCAUUACAACUUGUCACUUUGAAGCUGUCGAGGACAUUGUCUUUCCAUUUGGCACUGCUGAGCUGUUUGCCACCUGUGCCAAGAAGGACAUCCGGGUGUGGCACACGCUGUCCAACAGGGAGCUGCUGCGGAUCACCGUGCCCAACAUGACCUGCCACAGCAUUGACUUCAUGAGAGACGGCAAGAGCAUCAUUUCUGCAUGGGACGACGGUAAAAUCCGAGCCUUCACCCCAGAGACAGGCCGGCUGAUCUAUGUCAUUAACAAUGCUCACAGGAUCGGAGUGACAGCUAUUGCCACCACCAGUGACUGUCAAAGGGUCAUCAGCGGCGGUGGGGAAGGGGAGGUGCGGGUGUGGCAGAUCGGCUACCAGACCCAGAAGCUGGAAGAGGCGCUGAAGGAGCACAAGUCCUCUGUGUCCUGCAUCAGGGUGAAGAAGAGCAACGAGGAGUGCGUCACGGCCGGCACGGACGGGACCUGCAUCAUCUGGGACCUCGUGCAUCUGAGGAGGAAUCAGAUGAUCCUGGCCAACACCUUAUUCCAGUGUGUUUGUUACCACCCUGAAGAGUUCCAGAUCAUCACCAGUGGGACAGACAGGAAGAUUGCUUACUGGGAAGUAUUUGAUGGGUCAGUAAUCAGAGAGCUGGACGGUUCCUUGUCUGGGUCAAUCAAUGGCAUGGAUAUCACAUUGGAAGGAGUACACUUUGUCACAGGUGGAAAUGACCAUCUGGUCAAAGUCUGGGAUUACAAUGAGGGUGAAGUGACCCACGUCGGGGUGGGGCACAGCGGCAACAUCACCCGCGUCCGGAUAAGUCCAGGAAACCAGUAUAUCGUUAGUGUGAGUGCCGAUGGGGCCAUUUUGAGAUGGAAGUAUCCGUUUCCCUCGUGAAGCCGCGGAGACCUGGAUUCACAAGAAUCACACACGGUCCUGCUGAGUGAGGGCUGAGCUUCAAUGACUCCAGGAUUAGUCUUGGUAUCUCACAUCUGUGUUUUUGUUCUUUGGUCAAAAUAUUUUACCUACAAGUUUCUCCUUUCCUUAUA